AUGCAGGAGGGAGGAGGGGGGGAGGUGAUCUUCCCUAUAGAGGCUGACCAAAUUCCCCCACUCCCUCCCCUCUCCAUCUCCCCCCAAAGACCCUCCCCCUCUCCCUCCCCUGUCCUCCUCUCCCCUUCCUCUUCCUCCUCUCACUUCCACGACGCUCUCACUCGCUCUUACUCUCCCAUUCCUAAACUUUCCCCAGUGCAUUCUCAUUUCAGUAAGAUUUCCAGCCCAAAGCAGAUUUCCAGCCCAAUUGACACUUCUAGCCCAAAUCAUCCCACUCCACUCAGAUUUCCAGCCCAAUUGACGCUUCUAGCCCAAAUCAUCCCAGCUCCACUCAGAUUUCCAGCCCAAUUGACGCUUCUAGCCCAAAUAAUUCCAGCUCCACUCAGAUUUCCAGCCCAAUUCACGCUUCUAGCCCAAUGGUUACCUUCCAGCCUAACACUUAACAUUUCCAGCCCAAUUGACAGUAUUAGUAGCCCAACACCUGAAAUUUCCAGCCCAAAUGAUCCUUUUAGUAGCCCAAUCUUGAUCUUGAGGGACGCGGGAGAGGGAGGGAGUGUACAGAACGCGCACACACACGCACACGCACACGCAAAUGAGAAAACAUACACGCGCGUGGAAUUUUUGAGCGUGUGUACGGAUUUGACAGUCAAGAAGGAAGAGGAAGAGGAAGAGGAAGAGGAAGAGGAGGAAGAAGAGGAAGAGGAGAGUUUGAUAUUGGAGUUAGAUUGCUCUCGCGCCGCCUCGCUCACUAGAACCUGCAGAUGGUCGGGAUAUAGAAAGCUGCCUGACGGGUGUGAGCUGACGGUCGGGGAGCUGAGAGACAUGGCGAGCCGGCAGCAGCAGCAGAUCGAGACCCAGCAGCAGCUCCUGGUGGCGCGGGAGCAGCGGCUUAAGUACCUGAAGCAGCAGGAGUCCCGCGCCGCUGCCGUGGCCGCCGAGGCUGAGAGGCUGAGGCGGCUGAAGGAGAGAGUGGAGCUGCAGGAGGCCAAGUUGAGACGUCUGCGGGCACUGAGAGGACAGGUGGAAGCGACCAGACUGAACACAGCCUCCCUCACCACGGAUCUGGACGCGAUGAGACAGCUGUUCAGUGAGAAGGAGAAGGAGCUAGUGGUGGCGGUGACGAAGGUGGAGGAGAUGACGAGGCAGCUGGAGGAGUUAAGACAAGGGCGUUCUCCACUUAACCCCAGCGAUCACCACCACAAUGAACUGGAUAAGCUACGGAGGGAGUUAUUAUAUCGGAACAGCGUGAACCGGGAGGCGUCAGCGCGGGUGGCGGCGCAGCGGGAGACACUGGCGGCAAGGAGGGACGAGAUCUCCAGGAUAGACAAGAGAGUGUCAGAGCUGCAGCAGAGACUACACCGGAAGCGACUCUUGAACCAACAGCUGGCCUCGCAGAUCACCGCAGCCACGCAGGCUAAGCAGGCGCAGCUGAAGGCGGUGCAGCAGAAGGCACUGAGGGAAGGCAUACACUCCUCUUCUUCCGUCGACGAUGCCCAGACCCCCGGCCAUCUCAAGAUACCACGUGGGGAGGACCUGGCAGAAUUCAGUCCCAAUAAGAGCGAUCCGAAAUACCAAACGCUUCCCUACAACACCAAAUUCUCAGUCACCCAGAAGACUAGAGAUCCCGAUUCCUGCCCCCCCACCCCCACCACGCCCACCCCCACCCACCCUGACCCACCAUUACCCCCCUCCACGACACCUGCGCCCCCCACCACCACCACCACUACUCCAGGAGGUGGGCUAAUGACCAGAACUGUGCAUUCAAUUCCCACGCAUCCGCCGCCGAGAAGUCUUGCGCAUGCCCCGCCCUCGCAGGUUAUGCCGCCCCCUUCUACUUCGACCCCCGCCCCCCCGAAACCACCGCCCAACCCAGCUAUGACCCCCAGGGUAUUUGGUCCCGGCACGCAACACUUCACGCAACGCACUCAACCUCUGGGCGGCGCCACGCUCACGCAAACCCAGAAACUGAGUCCAGGUGUAACUUCCCAAAGCCGUGCCCUUCUCAUCUCCUCCCAGGACACGGAGAGAGGGGGCGAGGGAGGGGAGGAGGGGGGUGGGGGUGAAGGAGGGGGUCGCAGCAAGCCCUCCCUCCCACCCAAACCCCCCGUUCCUUCCAAGCCCCUGCCACCCCCGCGCCAGAAAGGGGACCAGUUAGGGGGGAGCGCUGACUCCCUCACCACCCCAGGCCCGCCCCCCUCCCGCCCCUCCACCCUACAGACCCGUCCCCCACACGCCUACAGAUACGCCAGCCAAAACGUCAUCAUGUCUACCUACACCCAAGCAGGAGGUGGUGGAGGCGGAAGUGGAGGAGGAGGAGGAGGAGGAAGUGGAGGAGACACACCAGGAACCCCAGAAGAUGACUGCACCACCACAACCACCACGAAAUCCACCACAAACAACAACACGGACGUAGAGAAAAUUCACGUCUCAAUAAACCGACGGAUCGAAAUGCCUCCCGAUUUCAUGUUUCCUGAAGGCGAGACUCCACCUUCAGAUUUACUAGGAAGACGAGUGGAGGAUAUGGAAGAUAACGACACCAGUGGGGAGAACAAAAACACCAAACGCCAAGUCACCACCACCACCACUACAAACCUUUCCAACAUCAACAACCUCAACAACAACACCACCACCACCACCACCACAAACAACAACAGUGGCGGUGGUGGCGUGUUGCGUCGCCUGAAGAAGGGAAACCUCAAGACAAAAAACAGCUCUAAGGUUCCAAGGAGGGUGAGCUUUGAUCCCUUGGCGCUCCUCCUUGACGCGUCCUUAGAAGGGGAGCUGGAUUUGGUGAAGAGGACAGCCAUGGAGGUGUCGAACCCUUCUGCGGCGAAUGACGAGGGGAUUACGGCCCUCCACAAUGCCAUCUGUGCCGGGCAUCUUGAGAUUGUGACCUUCCUGGUGACCUUUGGGUGUGAUGUUAAUGCACAGGACUCAGAUGGAUGGACUCCUCUGCACUGUGCGGCGUCCUGCAACAACGUGGCCAUGGUGCGGUUCCUGGUGGAGCACGGCGCCUGCAUCCUGGCCACCACACUGUCUGACCACGAGACGCCUGCGGAGAAGUGUGAACAGGAUGAGGAGGGAUAUGAUGGGUGUUCUCAGUACCUCUACAGUGUGCAGGAGAAGCUGGGCAUCAUGAACGGUGGUGUGGUGUAUGCGGUGUAUGACUACGAGGGCCAGGCCACCGAUGAGCUGACCUUCGACUGUGGUGAUGCGCUGACGGUGCUGCGACGCGGUGAUGAGUAUGAGAGGGAGUGGUGGUGGGCGCAGCAUGGCAAUCUCCAGGGAUAUGUGCCACGCAACCUGCUCGGGUUAUAUCCUCGAGUUAAGAAUCCUUUGAAGGACUCCUGAGAAAACAGCAACAACUACUACUACUACUACUGCGACUACUACAACUACUACUACUACUACUACUACUACAACCUGCCCAGUCUUCUCUCCUCUCUGUGACUGAACUGAGAAGAGAGAAAGAGAGAGAAAGAGAAGAUAUAUUAGAAGAGAAAGAGAGAGAGGAGAGAAAGAAGAGAAAUUAAAGAAAGGGUGGUGAUGAUACACACACACACACACAGACACUUUUAAUCAACACCACUAAAUUAAAAUAAGACCAAAAUUAAUCUCACUUCUUUCUUAGCAUCAUCACCAGUCAACACCAUUAUUAUUUUUCACUGGUAGAGUGAGUGAGAGUAUUUAAAGCUAGUUCUAAACACCAGUCAACACCAUUAUUCAUUUCAAUUGAGAGAGAGCAGUAAAUUCAUUCUCAACACCAUUCGGUCACACAAACGAAAGAAAAUGUAAGCUCGUAUUUUCAACACCACUUUCACAUCACUCUCUCCUCAAAGCCAGAGUGAGAAAAUACCAAGUAAUUCUCUCAACACCACUUCCUCACCACCAAAGAGAAACAAAGCAAAAUGUCAACACCAUCACUAUUAUAAGAGCAGAACAUAAUAACAACACCACCACCACCACUUCCUGUUAUGAGUAAUGGUGAAGAUGCAAAAUGACAACACCAAAAUUUUCAUAGCAACACCAGAAUCCUUAAUGCAGAUUCUUUCAACACCACACACACAUCACUAGAGAGAGAGAGAGAGAGAGAGAGAGAGAGAGAGACCCCAACCCUACUACAUAACAUCACCACUCAACACCACAAUUUUAAUGGAUGAAAUAAAUAAAUGAAGCAAAACAGAGAAAUAGGUAAUUUUCAAAACAACACCAAUUUGAAGAAAAAACAAGAAAAACAAAAUUGUACCCUUUAAAUCAUCACCAAUCAACACCACCACCACUACUCCUUAACUAGAAAGGAAAAACUAAUAAAUUAAAACCUAUUCAAGACAACAAUAAUCACAACACCAAAACAACAACAAACCAACCAAAAUUAACCUACACCAAUGUCAUCACCACUCAACACCACCCAGUUAAGAAAAAAAAAAUUAUAAUUUAUUGAUAUGAAGACCAUUAUAAACACCACCAUUAAAACUAACCCAAACCAUGUCAUCACCAGUCAACACCACACCAGCCAGUAAAGAAAAGAAGAAAAACAAAGUAAAAUCUAAAGACAAUUAUGAAUAACACCACAAAAAUUAACUCAACACCACGUCAUCACCACAAGUCACUACUCAAUACUGAAGAAAGAGGAAAAACAAAUUAUAAUCCAUUAAAAUAGAGACAAUUAUAAAACACAACACCACAAAAACUAACUCAACACCACGUCAUCACCACUCAACACCACACCAACCAGUGAAGAAAAAAAAAGCAAAAUAGAGAGAAAUAGACAAUUAUGAACACCACAAAACUAAACCCAGCACCACUCAACACCACCCAACACCACAUCACCACCACCCAACACCACACCAACCAGUGAAAAAUGCAAAAUCUACUGAAAUAGACAAACGAACACAACACCACAAGUCAUCGCCACCCAACACCACCACACCAGCCAGUCCAGUGCCUUAACCCAAACAUAUCCAAGUGUAAAUAGAAAGAAAACCAGAGAGAGAGAGAGAGAGAGAGCAGAUAUAUAUGAAACAGAUGUGUAUAUA